GGGAGGAGGAGCGGGGGGCAUGGCGGCACUGGCCGUCUCCCUGGUGCUGUACCUGGCGGAGAGGGGGGCGGAGUGUCUUGUGAUCCUGCAUUAUUUCCUCUCUGACCAGCUCCUGUGGGCAGGAUGGACAUUGGCCCUGCUGCUUCCCGGAUGCUUCAUCCAAGUCCUCAGCAUUUUAUGGUACCGGUCAGACGGACAUUCACAGUGCCUUACCUUAAGCCUUGUCCAUUUUUUGCAGUUGGGAAUUCUGAAGCGACAUGUGGACUGUUUUCGAUCCACGUCUCAAUGUCGGGGAGACAAUGCAGAGUUGGAGAAGUCCUUAAUGAAGGAAGGAGAUUUGUGUGUGCUCAGACUCCUGGAAGCACUCGUUCAGGCCCUGCCUCACUCCCUGUUACAAGUCUAUAUCUACCUAACCUUGGAGCACACCGAUGCUUAUGCAGUCACCAGUGCUCUGGCGUCCCUCCUGUCUCUGUCUUGGGCUCUGGUAUCCUAUAGCCGUUUCCUGUGCCUUGUAAAGCCAGGUCACCUCUCCAUGCCAUGGGCAUCCUUGCUCUGUCAUCUGCUCUGGAGGAUUGGUAUGGUUGGCACAAGAGUGAUGGCUCUCGCAGUGUUUUCCAGUGUUUAUCAGUUCUGGGUGUUUGCCGUGGCAGGGGCUCAUUGGCUUGUAAUGUCUUUUUGGCUUGUCGCUCAGCAGACAGAUGUUAUCUCGAAUCCGUGCCGUUGGAGGUUGUUUAACGCCCUCAUGGGAGCCGUCUAUGUUUUCUGCUUCAUUAAUAUUAAAGACGGGCGUUCGCGUUAUCGUGUGUCCAUAUACUAUGCGAUUAUGCUGGUGGAAAACAGCGUUCUCUUGCUGCUAGCUACAGAUUUCCUGCAGCAGGCGCUGGGGAGCAUUGUUAAGCUAUCUGUGACUGUAAUGUCUGGAUUCUUUAUUGGGUGUGCUGCUUUAAUUGUCUUCUACACACUCCUGCACCCCAAAUCCACAGAAAUUUCUCAAAGUUUUAGUAAAAUGGCACAUGUGUCAAGAAGGGCUAGGGAAACGAGUGAUGAACCUGCUCUCUCCUCAUCUGUGUACUGGAACAGUGCUUCUGUGAGAGAGACCGGCAAAGUAUUUGGAAAUAAAGAACUUCAGAAAGUGCAUAGGGCGGCUGAAAACCAAGAAUUGGAGGCAAAAAAUAAAGAACUGGCUAUUUGGACGGAAUUCCCCAAUGAUCACCAUCACUGGAUGUUCUUAAAAUUGGCUAUGAAAACUGGGAAUAUGUCAAAAAUCAGUGCUGCUUUUCUUGGAAUGUUUCCCCCUACUGAAUGUCAGCCUGCUUCGCUACAUGUUGAUGGAAAGCUACAGCCUCCCACUUGUGGCACCUUGGAGUGUUUGGGGAAAAUGCAAACUGAGAAAUAUGUGGGUUUGGAAGGUAGUCCACAAGAACAAUCGGACUAUGUCACUCUGGGAAACACUAGAAACGAGGAUAUGCAUGAAACAAGGGCUGCUAAUGGAAUUCCGUGUGAUGGUGAUGGUGGUGUUGGCGUAGCUGAUGGUGGGUUAGUCUUUGGAGCUCAAGAAGAGGUGGAUGCUGCCAGUUCACCCAGCAGUCGAAGCGGUGUGCGGGAUAGUGCAACUCUGUACUUCAGUGCAAACAUGGAAGGGAUUGCACAUACCACCAAGGACUCGGAACCUGUUCCACAUUUGCCAGAUCCUGGUUUAAAACUCCACACGGACAUUAAAGGAGACUGUGGACAGGGCACUGCUCAAAAAGAACUUCCAGUUAUUUGUGUCAGCCCUAUUCUAAGCCUUGCUGCCAACAGCAACUUUCAGAGAAGUAUUGUCUUGGAUGUGGACAGCCUGGGCGAUGAGUCAGCUCUGUCUGAAGAUGACUCAGGAACUAUGGAGAACUUGUUAGGUAAAGGAGGCUUCCAUUUGUUAACCACUGGGGCCUUGCCACCUUCUGUGAGAGGACGGCUCAUUCAGGAGGAGAAACCAUGCUUCACGUCGACUCCUAAAGCUCAGUCCACAGGCCUAGAUAUAGUGCUACAUGCUGACUCAAAAGCCAGGCGGAAACUUGCCCAGCUGACUGAGAAACCAUAGGUUAAGACGUUAGUUGACUGUCGUGGUUUACAGGAGAAAUCACAUUAGAAUGGUCCAGUAUACGUUUCCUGUUAGAUUAUUUGCAUAUCUCGAUCACUGUAAAACAUUGGUGACCAAAAGAUGGAAUCCCCAGCUGUUACAGAACUACAGCUCCCAUGAUGCUGUGCCAGGUUUAAAUCUGCCAUACUAUCAUGAAAUGUUAGUUUUGCAGACACUACGGAUUUUCUUUUUCUGCCAUUCGUGUGGUAAACGAAUAGACAAUCCUACAGUAGUUGUAGGUUUUUGGAACAGGAAACUUUUUUUUAAAUCCAGAACUAAUUUGUCUUACCACUGCAACCUAUGAGUUAGGGAAAUUUUGUGAUCGCUUCUUAAAAUAUUUUUUUUUUAUGUUGCUGUAUUCUUAAAGUAAUAUUAUACAAAUUUAUGUUGUAAUCUGAAAUAAUGCCUAUUAUAUUAGAAGACCGAAUGUACGAUACCUAACCAGUUGGUAGUAAAAUGUCCGUAGACAAAUAUAUUUAGGAUUUUAAAACUGCUCAAUAUCUAAAGCUUUUAAUAGACUAUCUAUCGUAAUGCUAUAUAUACUUUUUCGGACGUUGUGUAUUUAAAAGUGCACAGACAAAGCAGUCACGGCUGGUUCUUGGCUGCCUUAGUUCUUCUCCUACACCAUGUUUGCAGUCUGUGCUCCUUUUAUUCAUGAUUUUAAAAA